AAGGUGUGCACCCAUAACCGAUUUCAUUUUUUUUUUUAAAAGAUUUAUUAUAUAUAAGUACACUGUAGCUGUCUUCAGAUACACCAGAAGAGGGCAUCAGAUCUCUUUACAGAUGGUUGUGAGCCACCAUGUGGUUGCUGGGAAUUGAACUCAGGACCUCUGGAAGAGUAGUCAGGUACUCUUAACCGCUGAGCCAUCUCUCCAGCCCCCCGAUUUCAUUUAUAUAUUUUUUUUUCUUUUUUUUUUUCCGGAGCUGAGCACCGAACCCAGGGCCUUGCACUUGCUCUACCACUGAGCUAAAUCCCCAACCCCCCGAUUUCAUUUUUUAAUGAGUCUAGUUUUGCUGUAUGGCGAAGGCUGGCCUAAAACUCUUGCCUCAGCCUCCCAAGGGCUGGUAUUAUAGUUGUACGUUGCCAUGCCUAGCUUCAUCUCUUGGUUUUCAGUCAGAACAUAAUUGUUGGUGAAAAGCAUUCUCCCUCUCUCUGAAGGCAUUCAUGCUAGCAUUUCAGACUAAGUACCAGUUGUCUGCCAGCCUCUGGCUUUGAACUCAGUCAGAGAUCAGAAGCUGUGUGUUUCCCUGGCCCAAGCACUUAUGAUGAGGUGCGGUUGUCUCUGUUUUGGGGGUUCAGCCCUAAGUUUUUUUUUUUUUUUUUUUUUUUGUUUUUUGUUUUUCUUUUUUUUUGGCCUGUCCAUCAUACUGGCUCAAUUCUGGACAUGAAAGGGUUUAUAAGAAAGGCUAGGGGAGCAUCAGAGGUACAUUCCUAAUUAAAUUUUGCCAUGUGAAUGUUGCUAAAAGUCAGAUGGUACCCAACAGGUUUCUGGUUUUUUAAAAAAUGAAAAACUAGCCUUUUUAUGUUUUGUGUUUUUUAUUCUCCCAUUUGUGUCGAUACUGAGGAUGGAACUCCGUGUCAUCACAUGUAACAGUGAGCUAUACACUUGACUCUUCCCAAGGCUUCUAACACGAUGAUGCUGCUUCCUCGGAUGAGCACCGUCCCGAUGUUGUUCUGUUGCCCUCUGGUUACCAUCUCCACACACCCAUCAAUCACAAGGUUCAUAAAGGGAUCACAGCCCCACAGUCUUCCUCGUACACGCCUGCCGCCAUUUAACGUCAAUGACAACUUCCUGUCCGUAAACUUUUCAGUUCGGGAGGGUGGGCUUUGCUCAUGGCGACUCUUCAGUGACACGGCACAACGGCAAAGGAGUUAGCAGCCUCAGAGACACGCGCAAGGCAGGCUUGGCACUGGUAUUUCUCUUUCUCUCUCUCUCUCUCUCUCUGUCUCUCUCUCUCUCUCUCUCUCUCUCUCUCUAAAUCUCUUACUGUCCUCAAGAAUUGUGCUAUAUUGAAGAUUUUCUUUGGACUGGAUGUUAAAUCGUGGCAUUCCUUAGGGUAAGAAUUAUUACAGUAUUAUUUAAGUGAGAUGAUACUUUAGGUAGUUUACACUCUAAAAAAAUACAGCUUCUUUCUUUUCAUUAAGUACAUUUUUUUUUCCCUUUUUUCAGAGCUGAGGACUGAACCCAGGGCCUUGCACUUUCUAGGCAAGUGCUCUACCACUGAGCUAAAUCCCCAACCCUAAGUACAUUUUUUAAUGUGUGUGUAUGCACACAUACCACAUUUUUGUGUGGUGGUCAGAAGACCGUCAAAGUCAGUUCUCUUCUUUGGCCACGUGGGCCUGGCCCCAGGGAUUGGACUCAGGUUGUCAGGCUUGACGACAAGCACUUUUAGCCACUGAGCCAAUCUUGCCAGCCCAGCAUACACUCUUAAGAUGUAAAAAUAAUCAUUUGUCUAAAACCAGAAAGACACAGACAAAAUUAGGAGCUUCCUUACAGGCUUGGGCCUGACUUAAUUCAUUCUCACAUCCAUUCGUUCCUGUGUUCAUUCCGUGACUGAACAUUCUGCAGCCUGGACUCCUUCAGAAACUGUGCUGUGUGGAAAUGCAGCAGUGUGUGAGAGAAGCCCUAUCUUGCCCUCCUAACAUACAUUAGAGAGUUGGCAUGUGGGGACUGAGAUUGCCAAAGCCCAGGUUGCUGUGGGAACACUGAACAGAAUCACUUAGCCAAGGACACAGGCUCUCAGAGGAGGUGGUGCUUAAGUGAAGACCUGACAGUUCUGAGGAGUUAGCCAGGAGGAGUUAGAACCUUCCAGCCUCUCACAGAGGAACUGAAGGAGCCUGACAGUGACCAGCCUGGGGGCAAAGUGGGAAGGUAGUGAGAUGGAAAGUGUCCUGCCCCACUGAGUAGCUGUGUUGACAAGAAAUGUGGGGCUUACCUAGGGGGUGGGGUUAUGUUAAUAUUCAGGACAGGAAAAACAGUGGGUGAUUCAAGUGACCUCAGGAUCACUGUUGGUGGGGUGUGGUGACAGACUGUGAAGGCAGAGAGGGGCAGGGAGGCUGCAUUGUCAACGUUUCUUUUAAACUGGUUAAAUUUGAGUCACUAGCAUUUUUUUGGGUCACUGUUACUUUCCUUCCUUUUACAUGGGUCUCUGUAUUUGAACACGGCCUCCCUACUAUUUAUCUACUGUGGCCCUCCAAACAGGGCUGGCAGCUCCUCUUCCCAGGCCUCAGUUUGCUGCCAUCUGAGGCUUGUUUGCUUUCCUGAGCCAGUAACUACUCAAGCCUCAAGCUAAUGACAUAAACUUGUGUGUGUGUGUGUGUGUGUGUGUGUGUGUGUGUGUGUGUGUGUGUGUGUGUGUGGUGUGUGUGUGGUGUGUGUGUGUGUGUGGUGUGUGUAUGUGUGGUGGGUGUGUAGAAGCCAGAGAUUGGUAACAGUUGUCCUCAUUCACUCUCUCUGCCCCCCCCCCCUUUUUUUUUUAUUGAGACAUGUUCUCUCACUGAAUCUAGAGUUCACAAAUUUGGCUAGAUUAGCCCGCCAGUAAGCCACAAGUCUUCCUGCCUCUGAUUCCUCAGCACUGGUAUUAACAAAGGGGCUUACUGGGUACCCCCUCCCCACAGCUUUUUCCAUGGGUGUUGGGAAUCUAAGUGCAGGUCCCUUCAUUAUUAUCUAGCAGUUACUUUGUAGACUGAGUGAACCAACUCCCUUGUUUUUCUUGAGACAAAGAUUUAUCAUGGCACUGAGUAUUUAGGAUACAGGCAUGAACUUCCAAGCCUAACAGGAAAUCUCCUGCCUUGUCUUUUUCCCAGAGGUGCAUGUCCCUUGGAACUCUGUCUUUCUCUCCCUCCCCCUCUGCCCUCCUCCUUCCCUCUCUCUCCCUCUCUUUCUCCUUUUUUAAGGGAAGGUCUCUUGGAAUCUAGGCUGGCCUAGAACUCAUUGUGUUGACGAGGUGGACUUUGAACUUCUGAUUCUUGUGUGUCUGCCUCCUAAAUUCUAGGAUUAAGACACCACACCUACUUGCAGUGUUAGUGGGAAUCAAACCAAUGUUUCACCCAUGCUACUCAGAUACUGUACUGUGUAUCAGCCUCAUAACGGAUUUUGUAGCUAGAGAUCUCUUAGUUAUAGCUGGAUACAUCCCAAGACCCUACUAAAUUAUGUAUAGCUUUUCUUCUGUUUGUCUUUUAGAUAGGGUCUCAAUAUGUAGUCUAGGUUGACCUAGUACUCAAAAUCCUCCUGCCUCAGCUUCUUAGGUACUAUGAUUACAGGGAUGAACUACCAUGCCCAUCUCUAUAUACAUUGUUUUUAGAUUUAUUUAUUUAUUUACAUGGGUUUUUUGUUGUUGAUUUAUGUGUUUUGAAACAGGGUCUCGGGGCUGGAGAGAUGGCUCAGUGGUUAAGAGCACUGACAGCUCUUCCAGAGGUCCUGAGUUCAACUCCCAGCAACUACAUGGUGGCUCACAACCAUCUGUAAUGGGAUCAGAUGCCCUCUUUCUUCUGGGGUGUCUGAGACAUGGACAGUGUACUCACAUACAUAAAUAAAAUAAAUAAAAAAAGAAAGAAAGAAAGAAAGAAAGAAAGAAAGAAAGAAAGAAAGAAAGAAAGAAGGAAGGAAGCAGGGUCACUAUAACCCUGGCUAGCCUCUUGAACUCACAAAGGUCCUCUUGCCCUUGUUUCCUGACUACUGAGAUUAAAGGUGUACACUGUCACAUCUGACUACAUUUAUUUUAUGUGUGCAAAUAUUUUGCAUACAUGUAUUUAUGUCUACCAUAAGCAUGCCUGGUGCCCUAGGAGGUCAAAAGAGGGCAUUGUCAGAUUCCCUGAAACUGGAGUUACAGUUGUUUUAAGUGACCAUGAGGAUGCUGGGAAUUGAACCAGGCUCUCUGCAAGGGCUUUUAACCAGUGAGACAUUUCUCCAGCCAAUCUGAAUACAGUUUUUAUUAGAUCAAUAAAUGUAUCUUGGUGUCUCGAUUAUGUAGAAACAAGAUCUGAAUUUUUCCUCUCUCUCUUUUUUUUUUUUUAGAAAAAAAAAUUUUUUUUUUUUGGUUCUUUUUUUCGGAGCUGGGGACUGAACCCAGGGCCUUGCACUUCCUAGGCAAGCGCUCUACCACUGAGCUAAAUCCCCAACCCCUAGAAAAAAAUUUUAAGGUUUAUUUUAUUUAUAUGAGUACAGGGUAGCUGUCUUCAGACACACCAGAAAAAGGCAUCAAAUCCCAUUACAGAUGGUUGUGAGUGACCAUGUGGUUGCUGGCAAUUGAAAUCAGGACCUCUGGAAAAGCAGUCAAUGCUUUUAACCAAUGAAACAUCUCUCCAGCCCUUCAGAAAAUAUUAAACAUGUAUUAUAUACUAGGCAUCAGUGAUAAAACAUUGGAAAAAUAGACUCCUCCAAGCCCCCAAAAUUACUUGUUCCCAGGGAGCAUAAAUUCUAGCAGAUUGUUAGGUAAAGCAACAGCAGCAACAGUACAGCCACAAACCUGGUCUUAUAGGUCUGUGUUUAAAAUGUUGGGAAAUCGCUAAUAGAAUACUUACUUACCUGUCAUAUAUGAGACUUUAGGGCCAAUUUCCUUAGUACUACAGAAAUAGAAAAAAGACCAUACUUGAGAGGCCUUGGAAGAAAGCAGGAGGCAAGUGGAUUUCUGUUCGGUAGAGUGUAUCUCAAUUGUAAUGGUCAUGAGACAACUAACCAGCAUGUUGAGAUAUACACAGCAGUGAACCAUUAUGUCUGUCUUGGUGGAUAAGGUCAUAAGAUACAGUAGGCAGCAGAAGGGGGCAGACAGUUCGUGUAGGGCUUUGUAGGUCAGUGGAAGAGUUUUGUUCUUAUUCCACACGAGAAAGCCUUUGGCCAAGUAACUUGAUCUGAAUGACACUUGAGUCAGAUCACUCUUGGUGCUGUGUGAGUGGAUUGCAGGUGCAGUGUAGGGAGAUAGAUUGGAAGCUGGGAGCCAGUUAGGCUAUUACAGAAAUGUAGAAGUGGCCACUUGAACUUAGGUGAUGGUGACAGAAAGUGAAAAGCACUUGGUUUAGGAAGACAGUUGACAAAAGAUGUGUUGAUGGAUCAGAUAUCAAGUGUGAGGAAACAAGGAUAACUCCAAGGUUUUGGCUUGAGCCAUUGAACAUUUGUGUUACCAGUGUAAGUGAUGUAGGCACCGUGGAAUAAAUAGAAAUAUCAGUGUUUCGUUCUGGAUGUUUGAAGUUUCAGAUCCAUAUUAAACAUUCAGAUGGAGAGGUCAGAUAGGUAGUUGAUUAUACUGGUCUGGACUCCAAGCAAAUGAUCUAGCAGACUUUAGCAGUCACUAGGGAAUAGAUGGUAUUUAAAGUCAUGAGACUUGGUAGAAUCACCAAGCAAAUAUAAACAGAAAAGAGAAAUGGGCUGGGCCUGAGCUGUGGUAGUUACAUUGGUUAUCAGGAGAAACUAGCAAGGGUCUGGGGAGCUGCCAGAGAAACGGGAACAAAAUCGGGACACAUUUAUGUUCUAGCAGGCGGGAAAAGAAAACUGCCAAGGAGGGUGGAGCCAUGCUUGAUCAGGACUACCAGAAGGUCAGCUCCAUUGUGGGGACCCUUGUAAGGAGAUGAGUUGUUGAGCAGAGGCCAGGAUGAAGUUGCUGCCAGGAGUGGGUGUGUUCGGGACCGGCAGCUCAGCCCGGGUCCUAGUCCCACUGCUGAGGGCGGAGGGGUUCACCGUGGAGGCCCUGUGGGGAAAGACAGAGGAAGAGGCAAAGCAGCUGGCCGAGGAGAUGAACAUCACCUUCUACACCAGCCGGACAGAUGACGUUCUGCUGCAUCAAGAUGUAGACCUGGUUUGCAUCAAUAUCCCACCUCCGCUCACCCGACAGAUAUCUGUGAAGGCUCUAGGAAUUGGGAAGAACGUGGUGUGUGAGAAGGCAGCAACAUCCGUAGAUGCCUUCCGGAUGGUGACUGCAUCUCGCUACUACCCACAGCUGAUGAGCCUCGUGGGGAACGUUCUGCGCUUCCUACCUGCCUUUGUGCGCAUGAAACAGCUGAUAGCAGAACACUAUGUGGGGGCCGUGAUGAUCUGCGAUGCCCGCAUCUACUCCGGGAGCCUGCUCAGCUCCAGCUAUGGCUGGAUUUGUGAUGAGCUUAUGGGUGGCGGGGGCCUGCACACCAUGGGUACCUAUAUUGUGGACCUGCUGACCCAUUUGACUGGCCAGAAAGCAGAGAAGGUGCAUGGGCUCCUCAAGACCUUUGUGAGGCAGAAUGCCACCAUCCGUGGCAUCCGGCAUGUCACCAGUGACGACUUCUGUUUUUUUCAGAUGCUCAUGGGUGGGGGGGUAUGCAGCACAGUGACACUCAACUUCAACAUGCCUGGUGCCUUUGUGCAUGAGGUCAUGGUAGUGGGCUCAGCAGGGCGCCUUGUUGCCCGGGGAGCUGACCUCUAUGGGCAGAAGAACUCUGCUGCGCAGGAGGAGCUGCUAGUGAGAGACUCGCUGGCUGUGGGUGCAGGGCUUCCUGAGCAGGGUCCCCAGGAUGUCCCACUGCUUUACUUGAAAGGUAUGGUCUAUAUGGUUCAGGCCUUGCGUCAAUCCUUCCAGGGGCAGGGGGAUCGCCGUACCUGGGACCGCACCCCUGUCUCUAUGGCUGCCUCAUUUGAGGACGGACUGUAUAUGCAGAGCGUGGUAGAUGCCAUUAAAAGGUCCAGCCGAUCUGGGGAGUGGGAAACUGUGGAGCUGCUGACAGAGGAGCCAGAUGCCAACCAGAAUCUAAGUGAAACACUUCAGCGGAACAACCUGUGAGCCUGCACAUGCACUUCCGCCUGUCCGCGGGGCGGAGGGCCCAGGGACGGCACUGGGAGCUGUGAUUGGCUAUAGCAGAGACACAGCGUCUUGUUUAAUAAAUUAGCUUGGGCCAGGGUUAGGAGCCAACUGAAGGUGGCCAAGGGAAAAAACCUAUCCAUCCGUCCAUCAUUGACUCCUCAGACUUGCAAGGCAGCAAAUGCUCCUGCUGUCGUAGCUUAGGCUAGCUGUGGGCCCACAGGGUAGGGCUGUAACCUGGCCCCUUGUGGCUCUGCCAGUGAGUAGGACCAGUGGGCUGUGGGCUCUUCAGGCUGAAGUGUGGUCUGAUAGGACAAGAAGACCCAGUAAGGAGCUAGCUUGGUUGAGUCCUAAGGGGAGAAGGCAAGGAACCUUGUCUGUCUCCGACCAGGGUAUCUCAGGACUGGAGAGGGUGGCAGGGUAGUCCUUAGGGAUCUUCCCCCACCCUCCAUGUGAUCAGACCUUUUCAGCCCCCUUGUAAGCCCUUCCAAGAGAAAAAGGAGAUUUCUGUGUUAUACAUAACUCUAGGGAGGAGGGCCUGUGACUUGGCAGAGAGGAGACAAAGGGGGAACUGUAGAACAUCUGAGAAAUGUCAGUAAAUAAGGCAGAAAAGAAAAGUGACAUCAUGGUGUGUGGUCGUUUGUUUCGGAUUGGGUUUCUUUAAUAAUGGAAGGCUUGUUUAUGGCUGUAGGUCAGUUGUUUUCUCCUUUCUUCAUGGGCUACCCAUCAGCGAAUGACUUAGCUCAUGGCUGAACCCCCCAAAGCUCCCCAAAUGUCUGCAGCAGAGAGGAUAUGAGGCUCCCUGUUAGGCUGUUGCCAAACCUGCCGUUCCAAGAAGACAGGCGCCUGGGACCCCUAGCCUGGAUGUCAUGAGAGGUUCUUUUAUUUUUUUAAGAUGUAUCAUUUAUUUAUGUGUACGUAUGUGUGUCUGUGUUUGUGUGCACAUGAGUUCAGGUGCCCGAAGAGGCCAGAAGAUGGCAUCAGAUUUCCUGGAGCAAGAAGUGAGGUACCUCAUGUGGAUUUCUGGGAACUGAACCUUUAACUGCUGAGCCAUCUCCAGUCCCAGGGUUCUGUUCUGGAAGCUAUAGUGUAGCUGGCUCCAGGAGAGCCCUCAGGGGAGGAGCUUAAGGAGGAAGGGGCCUGUGCCAUUCCUUUGGAACAGGUUUAACUGGCACUACUUGAGUCAGCCAGCAAGUCACCAGCUGUGCUUAUUAACUGGCUAUCGUAGAUAGGGACAGGGACGGGUCAGCUGGGUGGGGGCUUGAAGGAGGACGAAUCUGCCCGCUUUGUUUCCCUUGUCAGUCUUCUGGAUUGUGAAGUCUCAAUGAAGUCUGUUCUUUCUUCAGUUUUCCUCCUCCUUAUCUGGGCUCCUUGCCAAAAAGGCCUGGGGAGGCCCUUCCUCUUCCUCUUCCUCUUCCUCUUGGCCCCACUUGUAGAAAUCAUCGGACCUAUUUCCCUGCACUGUCUGAUUUCAAAUGUUGUCUUUGUGAGGUAAAGUUGGAGGGCUGUUGCUGUGCUGGUCCUCCAGAGUAAACCAAGUUCAAGGCCUGCCUGAUUUAUAUAGAGUAUCCAACUCAGCCAAGAACAUGUCUCAAAACAAAACAAAAAAUAUCCAUGCCCAUUAUCUCUGACCAGGAGGAGCAGAGAAGCAAAGUUGCUAGGUCAAGACUUUAGCUCCUCACCUCAUACUGCUCUUAUUCCAACACUGGGCAAACUUCUCUCAGACACUUAGGUAUUGACCUGCAGCAGGAUUUAGCCUAGCCUUAUCUACGAAGGCUCUGCACAGUGCCCACCCUCAGGAAGCUAACAAGACUGCCCGUUUCUAGUACGCUCAUCUCAGCUGUCCUUGUCUGUUUAACUAAUAUGCCAAGAUUCCACCUAAGUUGAGAAUGGCCAGGAAGACCAAAGAUGUACCUGUGAAAAAGUGGUUUGCUGACCCAGAAGUGGUGCAUAGGUUUUAUAGAAAGUUUAUGCUCGGAGAACUACUCCCAGUGUUGGAGCAGGUGGUAAGUGGACAUUGGGCGGGACUACUUUUAUGAAGACACAGUGACUUUGAGGGCACUUCUCAGAGUCUAGAUCCACACCCCUGACAUCUUUCCAUCUCUCUGGAACAAGAACUUGCAGUCCCCGAGGAUGAGGUGAGCUGAGCCUUUAUGGCUCCAAAGCUUGUGGCUGAGAGCCCAGGGGUGAGCCAGCCAAACUAGUUCUAGACUUAUCCUGCAGCGCCCCCUCCUGGAAGAAUGCAGCAGUUCCCAGGACUAUACUUUUAGGUAGAAGUUUCUUGAGUUAGCUGCCUUUGAUAUACCCUAGUCAGAUGAGAACUUUCAAGUUUUCAACCUCAAAGCAAAUCAAGGCUUUUUACUUACCCAGUCAUGAUAUCCAUUUCCUACCUCCCUCGACAACUCCGUCUUCCUUGUUCUUUGCUUCAUAAGCAACCUCUCAACAAUGUCAAGCUAUGAGAGAAGCAGACCCCCAAGAUACCAUCUGUACUCGGAGGGACGGAGAACUCGGCUGUAUUGUAUCAAUCAUCCCCGGAUCUGUUGUCUCAAGCACUCUCUAUUAUUGAUUGGAUAUACAGUAUCACCUUUGGUCAUUUUCCUGAUUGGUGGCUUUAUGUUUUAUAUAUUACAGGUUUCUAGCAAAAAAAUAUUUUUACCCAUUUUUUAAAAACAAGCAUAUGUAUAGAAGCAGAUGUGUAGCAGGACAUGGGAGGGCAACUAAGAUGUGGUUCUCAGAAUAGACAACAUUUUAUCUUCAGCAUAGGCUACAGUAGGCCUGACUCCAUUCUCUCACUUAAGUCUCUUACCUUCUUUAGGCUACAAUAGUUUAUCAUCGUUAGGACCCCCGCUUGUUCACAACCCUUCACACUUGUGAAGCCUGAGUCCCUCCUAGCCAUGUCCUCUACUUCUACUACACUGAGAAGCCCUCCUGUGGGCAUCUUCCACACCCGGACAGCAUUGUCCCUGGGUCACCUCAGGCCAGAAAGGCUCUUAAGGAAUAAAACUAUUGGCAUCGCUUCUCCCCAGGGUAAAUGGCACUCAUCCUACCAUCGGUGCCCCUCCAUGAGCAUAGCAACACUUGUCCCGACGGCCCUGUUGGAAUGAUGCUAGGAAAGUGGACCUCGCCCAUCAUGCACCCUGCUAAGACAUGCCUGCAGGACUGUGCCUCAAGAAUUGUUCUUUAAGCAGAAACAUGAACCAUCUUCAUAGCACUAGGUCCCUGCCACUCCAGCCCUGGAGAAUAGAAGGAAGAAAUGUUGGUAUGCUUGAGUCAUGCCACAACAGACAAUCUUUUGGUUCACAGAUGGUGUAGAACUCUGUGUAGGACAGGACCCGAGUUUAACAUAAAGUCAUAUCUCUGCAGGCAUCUUCUACUUCAGUCAUAAAAUAAGGAAGUCAAACUCAGUCAUCUAGCUCUGAAACAUCCCAAAUCAUGAGUGGUCAUCUCAGUAGGCAAGACUGUGUCUGCAUAGCCCCUGUGGGCAGCGUCACCUGAUGUCAUCAUUGCAGGAGGCAGAUGGAGACACAUGUCCCAACAUUAUGGCUUCUCAGUGACCUUGCUGUGGGCCAGAAAGCAUUAGAAAAGCUGGCGAUGUGGGGAGCAGCCUGAAAUGAAGCUAGGAAAGUGGACCAUGUGAAUUCUGUUGUCACCUGCAUCCGCCCAGCUCAUCUCCAUCAGUGAUCGUGCUGGGCUAGUAUUCUAGAGGCCUGGCAUGAGUUGGUGGGCUCUCCAUGUCUUUAGCUGCUUUGUACCGGCCACCUCUGUAUCUUCCUCUACUUUGGCCUCCAUGCCUCGAGGCCUUUGAUGGGAGCCUCCCACUAGGUAGGGGGACCCAAUGAUGUGUGAUCUAGGGGUACACAGUCUAAUGAAGAUAUAGAACUCACAGUGACAGUGGGAAUAAAAAAAAUGCUACAGAUUCAGGGCAAUGCAGUGCUUCCUGACUUAGCAGAAAGAGGGUGUGUGUGUGUGUGUGUGUGUGUGUGUAUGUGUGUGUGUGUGUGUGUGUGUGUGUGUGUGUGUGUGUGUGUGUGUAUCAAGGUCAUGCACCAGGUAGAAGGAUGAAGGAAAAAAAGGCAUAGUAGACCAGGAAAAUGAAAGCAAAAAAAGACCAGGUUGAUCAAGGAAUUCCACGGAGCCAUUAAAUAGUUUCAAAGCAGCUUUGAAGAAGAGCAAGAUGCUAGAGGGACAGAGACAUCAAGAGUACAGGUACUCUGUGUGACAGCAACAUCAAGAGUGCAGGGACUCUGUGACAGUGACAUCAUCAAGCACUCUAUAUACAGCAGGAUUUUGGUAUGAAUCUGUGAGAUCAGAGAUCAGAGGGAGGGGAACUUGAGAAUCUUACCCAGAGAUGUCUGAGGUCCAGGCCCUGGUGCUGACCCUCUCAACAGAGAAGAUGGAUUCUCUUGUAGGGAACAGGGUCAGUGGUGACAGCAGAAUUUUAGCUUGGGACAGGAAGAAAUGCAUUUAAUGCGGAAAACUCUGUCAAAGGUUUUGGAGGACCAGUAGUUUUGUCUCCACAAAUCGCUCACUCAGCUCUUUCCAGAGAGCUGUCUUUGAGACCAGAGGCAGCAGUCCUGCAGUGAAGGCCUUACAGCUCCAAAAAAUACAUUCAUUUACCACCACGCAUCACCAGGGACCAUCUGAGGGCAAAGUAUAGGCUGGCUUCUAUGACAAUGGGUAGAGAACAGUUUUAAAAAUACUUUAUGUACUUGAGUGUUUUGCCUGCAUGUUUGUGCACUACAGUAUGUACCUGGUACAGGAAGAGGCUGAAAGUGGGGGUUAGAUAUCACCCAAGACAGGAAUCAAGAAUGAGGUAUUGGAAAAAAAAAAAAACAAAAAAUAAAAAAAGAAUGAGGCAUUGGGAAUUGAACCUGGAUCCUUUGAAGGAACAGCUAAUGUUCUUGGUUUGUUUGUAUGGUUUGGUUUGGUUUGGUUUGGUUUGGUUUGGUUUGGUUUGGUUUGUUGAGAGGGUGUGGGGAGGGAGGAUUUCUCUGUGUAGUCUUGUCUGUCUUGGAACUUACUCUGUAGACCAGGCUGGCCACUAACUCACAGAGCCCCAACUGCUUCUGUCACCUGAGUGCUGGGUUUAAAGAAGUGUGCCACCACUGCCCAGCUUAGCAAGUAGUCUUUUUUUUUUUUUUUUUUUUUUUUUUUUUUUUUUUUUUUUUUGGUUCUUUUUUUCGGAGCUGGGGACCGAACCCAGGGCCUUGCGCCUCCUAGGUAAGCUUAGCAAGUAGUCUUAACUAGAGCCAUCUCUCUAUUCCCCCUCCUUUUUCUUCCAGCUUUUCAAGAAAGGGCUUUUCUGUGUAGUCCUGGCUGCUGGGACCAGGCAGAUUAGCCUCAAACCUAGAGAGUCACCCGUUUCUGCCUCUGAAUCCUAGGAUUAAAGGUGUGCAUCACCAAGCCUGGCUCCUUUUCCUGGUUUUUUAAAGACAAAUCCUCAUAGAGUACACCCUGGCCUUAAAUUUACUAUGCAAACGAGGCUGGCCUUUAACUCAUUGUACACCUGUUUCUACCUCCCAACGGAAAGGGCAAAGUAAGGCCUAAGCCUAGCUCAUCUGCUACAGAUAUGCAACACCACACCUGGUUAGUAACAAACCUUCAGACAGAAGUAAGCUGAGCUGAGCUGCACUGAAGAUUGUCAGAUCCAGGCCAGAGGCCUGGACAAAGCAGAAUCCAGACAAACUGCCUGGAAGGGGUUGAGACCAACUGAGAUACCUGGAAAGGACUCUCCAACCUGGUGCGCUACCUUCGGACUAUGCAAUGUGCUCCAGGUUUCCAUAUUUGUCAGCUGUCACUCGUGCUAUGUCGAGCUUUGGUGAUACAACCAUCUUGGCAUUGUUUCUGCUCCCUUAAGUAAUCCCAUUAAAAACCAUUGGUUUUGGGCUGGAGAGAUGGCUCAGCAGUUAAGAGCACUGGCUGCUCUUCCAGAGGUCCUGAGUUCAGUUCCCAGCAACCACGUGGUGGCUCACAACCAUCUACAAUGGGAUCCAAUGCCCUCUUCUGGAGUGUCUGAAGACAGCUGCAGUGUGCUCAUAUACACAAAUAAAUCUUUAAAAAAGGAAA